GGGGAGACAUUCUUUUCUGGUCUAACAAGAAAUGAAGAAUUACCCUAAGGCAGUUUUAGAGAAAUCUGAUUCUUGAAGAGGCUUUGAGUUCGAACCGGAUUUUCCUGAGCGUAAGGUAUUAAAAGCUCAUUUCGACGUCGCAUAGUUCCUAGGACAAUCAUGGACGAGUUCGAAUUUCGUCGCCUUCUUCAAUUAUUUCCCGUUGUUCGAUCUCCAGAUUAUCACGCGGAGUCAGAUUUAACCAGACAGUCAACAUUCAAGCAAUCCAAGAGUGAGGUAAGUGAAUGGCAGGAGGCAUGGAAUGAAGAUGGAGAGAAAUCAAAGGAUCAACCACCCGACCUACAUGGUGAAUUCUGGAUGAAGCUAAAGUUAGCUGCUGAGCAGAAGGUCGGCAAGGUUGAAGCAGAGAGGUUCUGCAACUCAUUUCAACAGAUACACAAUAAACUUGUUAAUGAAGAACUGAGUUUGGAUGCUGCUCGAAGCUUUCUGGAGUCAUUCAGUUCCCCAGAAUAGUACAAUUUUCUGCUGCAUGCGUCUCCCAUUUCAUAUAUCAUUUUGCCUCCAUAAACCACGUUUUGCAAGAGUCUGAUGUGAAUUCAAUUACCAACAAGGAUUUGGAAGAACAGAUAAGUUUUGUUUUCAAGGGAUUUGCAGUCACUGUCGUUCACAGACAUUGGAUUUUCCACUUUAUAUAAAUAUUUCUAAUAGAUUUGCUUUUCCACA